AUGUCAGAACCUAUCCGCAACAAGAAGCUUGAUCUUUCAACAGCACCUACGCCUCAGAACACUCCUGCCAACAAUGCACCCAUCUCCUCUCACGCUCAGCAGCCAGGUGUGACUAGCAUCAAAGAAGAGGAUCUCGACCGUGCUGCCGCCGCCUCAAUCUUCGCUCAAAAUCCUAAGCUUGUAUCGAUGAUACAAGGGAAGCUUGGCACUCUGGUCGGCCGUUCUUCUGGAUACGUCGAAUCCCUCCCUGCUCCCGUGCGCCGCCGCGUCGCUGGUCUCAAGGGUGUACAGAAGGAGCAUGCCAAGCUCGAAGGCGAAUUUCAGGAAGAGGUGCUACAGCUUGAGAAAAAAUACUUCGCAAAGUAUACUCCACUUUAUGAGAAGCGCGCUAAGAUAGUCAACGGUGCUUCAGAGCCCAGCGAAAAUGAAGUCAAGGCUGGUGAACAGGACGAGGAGGGAGAAGAUGAUGAAUCGAGCAAAGAGGAGACGGUCGAAGGUCGCCAGGCCGCCGAGGACAUGGCUGGCAUACCCGAGUUCUGGCUGUCGGCUAUGAAAAACCAAGUAUCGUUAGCCGAGCUGAUCACAGAUCGGGAUGAGGCGGUAUUGAAGCUCCUAACGGACAUUCGCAUGGAAUAUCUUGAAAAGCCUGGGUUCCGUCUGAAAUUUGAGUUUGCUGAAAAUGAUUUCUUUUCCAACAAAACCAUCACCAAGACCUACUUCUACCAGGAAGAGAGUGGCUACGGGGGCGAGUUCAUCUAUGAUCACGCUGAAGGAGAUAAAAUUGACUGGAAGGCUGGGAAAGACCUGACUGUGAGAGUCGAGAGCAAGAAGCAGCGGAACAAGAACACCAAGCAGACUCGUAUCGUGAAGAAGACCGUACCAACAGAAUCUUUCUUCAAUUUCUUCGAUCCUCCAAAGGCUCCAGAAGCAGACGAAGAUGACGCUGCUUCAGAUGUUGAAGAGCGCUUGGAGCUUGACUAUCAACUGGGUGAGGACAUCAAGGAAAAGCUCAUUCCUCGCGCGAUCGACUGGUUCACUGGAGAGGCAUUACAAUUCGAGGAAGUUGAUGAAGACCUUGAAGAAGGCGAUUUCGAGGAUGAAGACGAUGAGGAAGACGACGAUGCUAGUGAGGACCGCGAUGACGAGGAAGAGUCAGACGAGGAGGACGACAACUCAAAACCCAAGCAGGAGGCCGCUGAGUGCAAGCAAAGCUAG